CUCGCUCUCCCCCGGGCGGCCGGAGACGGCGGCGGCGUCUGCGGGAAGCCGUGUGUCUCCGCAGUGACGUGGGCGGGCCGAGGGCUGGUGACGUCAGAGGGCUGUGUGUAGCGAUGUGUGUGGGGUUCGGAGCGGCGCCGGCACAGCCGAAAGGAGCGGGCGAGCGGCGACGGCGGCGGCGGCGGGCACAGAUUAAUUAAAAGAAGAAUGAACUAUAACCUUUGAAGAUAACUGGGCAGUUUUUUGUUAAGUAUCAUUGUUGAUUGUAGAAGUUCAAGAAGUCAGAGGCUGCUUUUACUGGUGUGAGGAUUUACACAUGUCUUCAGUUUUUCAGCACAGACCAGCAGGCCAUCAUUUUUAGAGGAAAUAUUCUCUCUGCCCUCCUUUUUGGUUUCCUUAGUGGUAAAGAUUAAAUUGGGUUGCAUCAUUUUGACUUGUGUUUGAGUCUAGAUCUUAUAGCCCAAGGAAUGGCAUAAACUUUUCAUGUGUUUGCUUAUAACAAACAAAACCAAACCAUUGCAUUGAUCCUGGACAUCUUGAAUUGAGAAAUUGGUAACUUUAUUUUGAUAUGUAUUUCUGAAGAAUUCAAAAAAACAAAGCAUCCUCAGAGGUGUGCCUCUUUUCUUUAUUGUUGGAGGCAAAACGAACAAUUUAAUAGGCUUCCUAGUGAAAUUAUGCCAGAUUAUAAAGAGAACCAAAACUAUUGAGUAAUUUAAGGGGCUCUUUCUUUAGAAAGUUUUUGUAAAAGUAAGCUACCAUAAAUAUUUGUAUACAUUCAUUACUUUCCCCUUUUCAAAUAAGCAAUUAAAUAGAAAUGCAAAUCUCAGACUUAAUUGUUUAACAGAGUAGUGUAGCAAUGGAAAACCUCCAGACAAAUUUCUCCUUGGUUCAGGGUUCAACUAAAAAACUGAAUGGGAUGGGAGAUGAUGGCAGCCCCCCAGAGAAAAAAAUGAUGACAGACAUUCAUGCAAAUGGAAAGAUGAUAAACAAGGUGCCGACAGUAAAGAAGGAACACUUGGAUGACUAUGAAGACAUGACAGUGGAAACUGAUGGAGAACAUGUCAAGCGAACCUGUGCUUCCGUUCCUGAAACUUUACAUUUAAAUCCCAGUUUGAAACACACAUUGGCACAAUUCCAUUUAAGUAGUCAGAGCUCUCUAGGUGGACCAGCAGCAUUUUCUGCUCGGUAUUCCCAAGAAAGCAUGUCGCCUACUGUAUUUCUGCCUCUUCCAUCUCCUCAGGUUCUUCCUGGACCAUUGCUCAUCCCUUCCGAUAGCUCCACAGAACUCACCCAGACUGUGUUGGAAGGGGAAUCUAUUUCUUGUUUUCAAGUUGGAGGAGAAAAGAGGCUCUGUUUGCCCCAAGUCUUAAAUUCUGUUCUCCGAGAAUUUACACUCCAGCAAAUAAAUACAGUGUGUGAUGAACUGUACAUAUAUUGUUCAAGGUGUUCUUCAGACCAGCUUCAUAUCUUAAAGGUACUAGGCAUACUUCCAUUCAAUGCCCCAUCCUGUGGGCUGAUUACAUUAACUGAUGCACAAAGAUUAUGUAAUGCUUUAUUGCGGCCACGAACUUUUCCUCAAAAUGGUAGCAUACUUCCUGCUAAAAACUCAUUGGCCCGGUUAAAGGAAACUGGCAGUGCCUUUGAAGUGGAACAUGAAUGCUUGGGCAAAUGUCAGGGUCUAUUUGCACCCCAGUUUUAUGUUCAGCCUGAUGCUCCAUGUAUUCAGUGUUUGGAGUGUUGUGGAAUGUUUGCACCCCAGACGUUUGUGAUGCAUUCUCACCGAUCACCUGACAAAAGAACUUGCCACUGGGGCUUUGAAUCGGCUAAAUGGCAUUGCUAUCUUCAUGUCAACCAGAAAUACUUAGGAACACCUGAAGAAAAGAAACUGAAGAUAAUUUUAGAAGAAAUGAAGGAGAAAUUUAGCAUGAGAAGUGGAAAGAGAAAUCAAUCUAAGACAGAUGCACCAUCAGGAAUGGAAUUACAGUCAUGGUAUCCUGUUAUAAAGCAGGAAGGUGACCAUGUUUCUCAGACACAUUCAUUUUUACACCCCAGCUACUACUUAUACAUGUGUGAUAAAGUGGUUGCCCCCAACGUGUCACUUACUUCUGCUGUAUCCCAGUCUAAAGAGCUCACAAAGACAGAGGCAAGUAAGUCCAUAUCAAGACAGUCAGAGAAGGCUCACAGUAGUGGUAAACAUCAAAAAACAGUGUCUUAUCCAGAUGUCUCACUUGAGGAACAGGAGAAAAUGGAUUUAAAAACAAGUAGAGAAUUAUGUAGCCGUUUAGAUUCAUCAGUCUCAAAUAAUUCUACAAGUAAAAGGAAAUCUGAGUCUACCACUUGCAACUUAGUCAGAGACAUAAGCAGAGUGGGAAUUGGUCAUGAUGCUGCUGCUUCAUCUCCACUUCUUCUGGAAGAUGUCUUUUGUGAGGAUGAUAAGGGAAAAAUGAUGGAAGAAGUAAUGAGAAUUUAUGUAAAACAGCAGGAAAAACUAAACUUGAUUUUGCAAAAGAAGCAACAACUUCAGAUGGAAGUAGAAAUAUUGAGUAGUUCAAAAUCUAUGAAGGAACUCACUGAAGAACAGCAGAAUUUACAGAAAGAGCUUGAAUCUUUGCAGAAUGAACAUGCUCAAAGAAUGGAAGAAUUUUACGUUGAGCAGAAAGACUUAGAGAAAAAAUUGGAGCAGGCAAUGAAGCAAAAAUGUACCUGCGACUCAAAUUUAGAAAAAGACAAAGAGGCUGAAUAUGCAGCCCAGUUGGCAGAACUGAGGCAGAGAUUGGACCAUGCAGAGGCUGAUAGGCACGAUCUCCAAGAUGAACUCAGACAGGAGCGGGAAGCAAGACAGAAGUUAGAGAUGAUGAUAAAAGAGCUAAAGCUGCAAAUUCUGAAAUCAUCAAAGACUGCUAAGAAUUAGAAACUGUUAAAGAGAUUUAUCUGUGUAUUAUUGACAAGGUUUUUUGUUUGUUGCUUGCUUUCGUAAUUGAAUUCUGAAGAACUUAACUGCAUGAAGAUAAUUAGACAUUCUACUCAUUUGUAGAUCAGAGAAAGUGAAGAGAUUAUAUAUUAGUACUUAAAUUUUUACAUUUUCCAAAUGAAUGAAAAUGUAUGUUUCUUUGUACUUUUUUAAAAAAAACAGCUUAGUUAUAAUACCAUAUGGUUUCAACUAGUAGGUAAUCUGCUUAUAUUUCUAAUGUAAACUUCACAAUUAUGUCCUUUUUAAAAGCUGCAGUAUGUGAUGGAAAAUAGCUGUGGUCCAUUUUGUUAUCCGUAUUUCAGACUCAAUUUUAGAUACAAUGGUGGCUUUAUAUUUUAAGUAUAUAGAGUUACUCAAGGAGUUGAAUCUCCCCUUUUCUCAUUAACACAAUCUUUCUAAGUUGAUAUAGUAUACUCAUUAACAUGCACCAAAUUUACUUUUUACUUUGUUCAGAUUGUGGAAUGAAUUUCCACCAGUUUUCUUUUGUCUGUCCUAGGAGGAAUUUUAUUGAGGUUAUAACAUACCCCAUGAGCACAGUGGGGAAGAAUAAUGUGGUGUUAUGCACUGCUGCUAAACAGAAGCAGCAGUUGUAAUUUGUGUUUUAGUUUAAAUGUGGUUAUAUUUAGAUUUUUUUUUAAGCAGCAGUUUUUCAAAAAUGAAAUGUAAUAAUUUCUGUACUUUGUGUUAAUAGUGGUGUGAAAAUAUUAAUGUUCUUGAGAAAACUGAUACCACUGUUGUAUAUCAGUUUCUAUACAAUCCAUAAUCCUGUACAGUUUUUAUAUGUAGUUACGAGUCUUGCUGAAAUUUAUAUAAUGAAUUUGUCUUCCUUUAAGUUGUAAAAUGUUAAACACCUUGAAGGUUAUUUUGGACUUUUGUAUGUUUAAAUAUUAAGUCUUACCAAAAUUUGCACGAAUGGACCAUUUUCAAUUACAACUUAAAAUCAGGAAUUUACAGUCAACUGAUAGUGUAUGAUAGAUGCAUAUAGGACAGAUUAGUUAUCUGCUACUAAAAGAUUUUUAGGUAAUUAUCAGAAGGUAAAGGAAUUCCAUAGUUUUGGGAGGGACAACAUCUUCUGCACUUCUUUUUUUUUUUUUUUUGCACAGAAAAGUCUGUCAUUCUUAAUGGCAAAUUUCAUAUUAGUUAAUUCUUGGCUUAAAAUAUAUUAGGUAAAAUUCUUAGAUUUGUUUUUAAAGGAAGUUUCCCGAAACUCUUCAUUAAUUAACAUUAUUAUCCCAUGGAUUUUAUGGGAUAAUAAAUGUUUUUCAUGUUCUCUUAUAAGGUACUAUGUAUGAAAUUACUUAAGAGAGCUAUAUUUAUUUUAAAAUAAAUUAGCUAGGGUUAAGGUUAGAUUCUAUUUCCAGCAUAGAACGUAGAUAAUCUAAUGAUGUAGAAAAAAAUUACUAGAUUGCCAUUUAACCAGUUUUCAUAUUUUGCUUAAUAGUACACAUCCAAAAAUAAUUUUGUACUUCCCCAAAUGUGUAAUGUAUUUACUAAAUUGAGUAUGACCUAAAUGUGUAUUUUCUAUUUUCCAUUUAAAUUUUACUAUACUAACACUAAUUUUAUUUGUUGAUUCUUGGAAUCUUCUCAAGGAGGAGCAAAUAUUAAAAUGACAUUCAGAAACAAAUUUUGAAUUAUUUGUGUCAUAGCUCAGCUGAGUUUUGGAAGACAAACUCAAGCACCUAUAAUUUCAUUGGUAUUUCUAAUUUACUCAGAACCUUUCUGCUUUGUGUUACCUAGUAAAUGAUAAACUAAUUUGUUUCAACCCAAAACUUCAAAAAUAAAUUGCCUAAUCCUUGAAAUCUGUUAUUUAAAAAUUCUUAGCAGUGCUUAAACACCAUUAAAUUAUUACAAACUUGUAAUUCAGAAUUGAGUAAGAAAUAUUUUUUCUAGUCCUUCACAUAAUGAAAAGUUGCCACAUGACUUUGUAUAGUCUUCAUUUUUCAGAAGAUGCAUUGAUGUGCCAUAGGUUUCUGUCUAACUUCCUUGAAAAUGGUUUUUUAAGUCAAUUGUAAAUACACAUAUUAUUAAAAGUAACUUUAAACUGCACCAUAUAGCUUGAAAACAAUACAGAGAUUUUGUAAUACCUUAUAAGUGGCCUCUGCUAAAAUACCCAUAUAAAACUUAUUCUAUUCUUUGCAUGCUUAUUUUGUGUGUUGGUUGUUAGCUUAAUGUUUGAUUUGUUGUUAGUUUUUGUGUGCCAAAUUCGUCAGGCAAGCAGAUUUUUCCUCAGACUUCAAAAAAUAAUUCUUUUUAGGAAAAAUGUAAAAAUGUUUACUCUAAAAAGCUGCAUUAAAGGAACACCUAUAAAAAGGUUUGCUAUUGCAUCUUUAGAAGGAAGAAAGAAUGUUAGCUUGGAUGAUGUUUAAUUUGGGUGGUGAUAGUUUCUGUAGUCUAAACUUUAUGAGAAAAGGGUACCAACUCUAUAAAGGUAAUAAAUAUAAAACCUCCUGCUGUUACUGAGGAAGCUCUUCAACUACGCUAAAUUUCACAAAUGUAACUUAAAGAUUUGACCAACAAUUUACGUUUGUUGUGUGCUUUAGUUUUUGUUUAAGCAUAUUCUUUUGCUCGAAUUUCUGUGUUCAUAAGAGUUAGGGUGUUUUGUGCUUCUUGAACUAAUUUUAUAACAUAUUUAAUAUAUUACCAGUUAAGAUAUAAAAUCAUUUGUACAUAGUGAAUUGUAAAGCAGCUAUUAAAGUAGGUGAAAUAAAGUAUAUAUUUGCGGGUUAUCCGUAUCUUUUAGAAGUCAUGACAGAACAACCAGUUUGUUUGCACAUCAGUAGCUUCUGUUUGAAGGAAAGUAAAGUUAUAAGGAAACUCAAGUACUAUAAAAUGUGUCAAGGUAUUUCCCUAAAAUUAAUUGUGAAGCUUGUGCUGAAGGUUUUUGAUCAGCUUCUAAAAUUUUCUCAGUAAGACAUAUGUUUUGAUUAGGGAAGAUUCCUCAUUUUUAUUUGCCCUUUAUACAUUUAAUCCACAUGAUAGGACAUUAAAAAUUAAUAUAAAGAAAAAUUGUGCUCAUACUGUACAUCUAUUUCUGUGCUUGGAGCUACUUAAUAGUUUUUAAUGGAAGCUGUCAGCAAUAAGGGACAUAUAACUGCUGUAUUAUACAUUGUGGAAUUAAAUAAACAGAGCUUAAUUUCCUUUUCCUAGUAUAGGGUACUUAAGCAUUUCCACUUUUGGAAGAAAAGCAUAUGAGUAUUUUCUAUUGCAUUUUGUUUAAAAGGACAGUUUUUGUUUGUUUGUUUCUGUUUUUGUUUUGGUAAAUCCCUUCAUUUAAAUGGUUUCUAAGCUAUACAAUGUAAUUUGGAGCCUAUUUAGUAAUAGAAUUAAAUGUCUUAUGUAGCACUACAAUUUUUGAAUUAGAAAGUGAUCAAAUGUAAAAAACAAAAAAAAAUUAAGCCCGGAAAACAAAAUAGUUUAUUAAAUUAGUUUAAUAUAAAAUGAAUAUAAGAUUUUUUUCCUCAAUAUAGAUACCUCACUUGAAAAUAAAGCACAAAGUAGUUCUAGUAAACAUGUCCUACAAAACAGUUGCUAAAUGUAGGACAUCUUUUGAGGAAUUAGUUUGUGAGAAAUAAAAUAUACUUGUUUUAACUAUCCUGUUAGAAGUAUUUGUUUAUCCUGAUAAUUUUAAGCCAACAUAAUAGUCUUAAAUUAUUUCUGAAUUUUUAAUCUGUGAAGGCAGUAAAUGAAAUAUCUGUUCUGCAACUGUUGAAGCAAAUAAUUGACUACAUUGACCAUAAUUAAAUUUAAAAUUUUGCCAAUGAUGUACAGUUUUAUGGUUAAAGUUGCUGUGGUUGGUUGCAUUACAUGACACACAAAACUGUCCUCUACCUCACGUGAAAUAAAUAUUUUAUAUGGUUUUACUAAAAAUAAAACUCAUGUAUCUGGUCACCUAGUUUACAAAUUUUCAAUUAUAUUUAUUGAAACAUGACAUACUGUGCUCUGAGCUUAUACCUCAAUUGUAUUUUGUGCUGUUUUCCAUUUUCAUGCCUUGUAAAUAACUUGUAUAGAUUGUGGAUCAAAUUCUAAAUAAAAACUUUUAAUGCCA